AUGGUUACGCAAUCGAAUGAAACUCGAUACUCUAGUAAAGAUCAUACACAACAAGACCAUAAAGAAGUCACACAUGAGGAUAUGAACAUGGAGGGAUCCUCAUCAGACUACAGUGACGAGGAAGUCGGAGUGCUGGCACGAGGUCAGAAGCUGUGGGUUCGAGGCGUCAGAUCACAUACCACUUGUGCAGACAUCGUCAGGGCUUUACAAGAUGCUCCCGAGGCUGGAGGUGGACUGAGCGAUCACGGUGAAUGGGUGCUGGCAGAACGGUGGCGAGGAGUUGAGAGACCAUUACCACCAGAUGUACCAGUUCUUCAUGUCCUGGCUGCGUGGGGAGACGCUAGGCAUGAGGUUCGUCUGGCUCUUCGACGAGUCUCAAGUGGUGGAGAGGACGACUCUGGCCGAGACAGUGAUGGUGGCAGUCGAGGUGGAGCUCGACGGCGAAGGCGACGAGGUCUCAGAGCUGCCACUCCACCUCCUAGAGCCAGGAGUGAGGAUCCAGCGGCCAGGCUCGUAUCAGUCAUACAGCAUCAAAGCAGAACUAUACAUCAACAGCUUGAUAAAUUAAGAGAACAAGAAAAACUCAUCGACCACUUAGAAGACCAGACGCACAAGAAUCGUAUGGAGAAACACGGCACUAAUUACCUUCUCGAAUCGUACUUAAGAGACCUGGGCAGGUGUAGUGAAGUAAACGACAGUCAAGCUGGUAAUAGUGAUAGUGGCGUAGGCGUGGGCAGCGGAACUCCUCCAAGAAGACACACGAAACACAAAUCCAGACGAGAAAGACACCUAAUGAGAGAACACUACUUCACAAAAGAACUAACAGACAUAUGCCAAGUUAAUUCAGAGAGACUAAUGCAAACACAAAAUGAUACAGACUCAGAAGCGUCAGCCGACGAACUCUCAAGAAUACGAGAAGAAAUUGAAAUGUUGGAAAAACUAGCGAUAGUCAACAAAAGGCUCCACCGAGAAGAAGAAUUAGUCGUACGACUAACAGCGAAAGUUAAAAGGUAUAUGGACGAAAAUAAAGCAAACAGUUGCGAAAAUGUAUCUCAAGUGACGAUGUUGCUGGACAAAAUUGAACAGGAGCUCAUGAAUACAGCAAAAGAGAUGCAAGAAAAUGCAAUAGAAUUGGCUAAAGCAGACAACGAGAUUGAGAGUAGAAUGAAACUCCUUGAUGAAUUGACGUUAGAGUUAGAAGAAGAAGAAUUGCAGAAUACUGUUUUAGAGAGACAACUCAAUGAAGCGUCGAGUCGUCAACCCAUACUUCUGCAAGACAGCUACGUACCUGUUCUAGACCAAACAAACUUAAGCCAACCAUUUACCUAUGGCAGCCCAGGCUAUGUUCUCGACACGUUGGUAUGACAUAGGUUUAAAAUCGGAAUUACUGUCCCAAAGAUGUUAUUUUCAAAUUACCAUAAUAUUGUAAGUAGGAAUAAGAUGAUUCUUGGCAAACAGACCUCAAUCAUUUAUUGAAUAUUUUAUUAAAACCUUAGACAAAUGCCAAUCGACAUCAGCGAAGCUAACAGCUUCAAAUCAAAUCGAAAGUUGUAUUACAUUUUUAAACAUAAUGUCACUAAAUUCGUUCCAAUGCGUUUGUCGCUUGUUCACAUAAGUCACUCUUAUAAAAAUAUGAAAUGAGAGGCAAAAAUUAAAUUUAGUAUAUAGAAAAAUCAAUGCAAUUACCCAACCAAUAAUAAUCCAAGAAUUUUAAACAAAGAACAAGGAAUCUCUCAACUUUACCUGUAUCAAUAAUAUAAAGGUUGUUUAGUUAUGUUCUAGAUUAUUUUUAAACGUUAUUUACACGCAUGUAUCUGAUAUUUUAUAAUUAUUAAUUGUAUUAUCUAUAAGUGAUUUGGUGCUGAAGCUCUUGUAGAUCAACUGAGGAUGUGGUACUUAUUUCUUUUACUAAGAAAAAAAGAAAGAGACGUAAAAAGAUUUGUAGUGUAUUUUUUCAUUCGAGGCCUGCCGUUUCGAGUGUCAUCCGUAAUACAGUUUGAAUUUAUGGUAGUUGAUUUUAGUGAAUAUAAUAAAAUAAUGUAUAGAAAUGAUGCUGGCAAUAUCAAAACUUAUAUCAAACCCAUACAAUGACUUCCCUAUUAAUUAGAAUCGGUUAACAGUUAUGCCAUAAGCUAGCAUAGCUCCACUCUAAAUUGCUAGUUCUUUCUAUGCAGUGGCUAAAAAUUCAUU